AAGCAGUUUACCUGUAUUUGUGUCGCUGCUGAGAUGUUCCCUCUCCACACGCUGGGCCAGCUAGCGGCUGCCUGCCGGAAGCUAGGAGUGGGCUUGGUCGUCUCUCAGUGCUGUGGCAGCAUUGGCUUCUUUCUGCAAGACUUUGGCACCUACGAGCUAGCCCCGAAAGAAGGCGGUGACAGCACACGUGUAUCGCAUCCACCUCUCCUUGAUGCCCUUAGCGCAAAGUUGGGAGAGUUGGACCAAAGAGUGAAUGCCGCCGUCUUUGCAUUGUUGGCGCUCCUCCGCUGGGAGCUAGAGAUCCAACAGCCACGACGUUCACUAGUGUCGUCCGAUACCAAGGAAUCAGCAGCGGCAGCUGCAGCAACCGAGAUGGAGGCUGCAACCGCAGCGAUUCUUGCGGCUGAGAGAGUAAAAGUAACACCAGAGAUACGACGAGCGCUAAGGGAUUUGGCCACUGGCUAUAACGUGCAGCUGAACGCUACUGCCGCCGUUGUUGGCGGCCUCGUGGCUCAAGAAGUUAGGAAGUUUGUUGCGCGAGAACAAAAGGCGGUUCCCAAUGUCGUUGUGUUUGACGGACACUCAUCGUGUGCUGCCGCAGGAGACCUUACUGUCGACGCGCGCUUGGUGACGGACCAUGUGGAACUGCUAGCGUGGUAUCUCCAGAACGAAAAAUUGGCCGUGGCGCACGUGGCCAUGUGCCUACUUGAAGGGCCUCUCCAUGAAAUUUCGAAAGAAAUCAUCGAGAAAUGCAGCGGCGAUUUUGAUUUCAUUCGCUCUUCAGUUAAAGAUUUUAUUAUUGGGCUUCCCCGCUCCCCAACACCCUUGAAUCUUGGAGAAAGCGGCCCCUCGGCGGCUCUCCGCAACGCUCUCUUGAAGGCAUGGAGGAUGGCCGAACAGGAAGGAUCGCCUAUCGGGGUGCAUCAUCUGUAUCUUUCACUCAUAGAAAUAUCCGCUUUCGAGAAAUUUAUGAUGAAGGGGGGCUGCAACCUCAAGGUUUUCAAACACGAAGUAGUGGAACAGUUUAAAUCCCGUCAGCGAGGGUCCCUUCCAACUUCUUUUCAAGAUAUGGUUGACGAUAAGAAGUCGGCGGCAGGGAUCUCGAUUUCACAAUAUGGCGUCGACCUUUCAUUCAUGGCCCAACAGGGGCUAUUGCCUCCCGUUAUUGGGAGGGAAGAAGAAAUAGACAGAAUCGCGCAGAUCUUAAGCCGAAAGAUGACGAAAGCUCCAAUGCUUCUUGGAGAAGCUGGUGUUGGGAAAACGGCGGUCGUGGAGGGCUUGGCGCAGCGUAUCGUUGAGGGGGCGGUUCCGGAGAGUCUCCGAAAUCGAAGAAUUUUCUCACUGGAUCUCCUUUCUUUGUCCGCGGGCUCUGCCAUGCGCGGGGAAUUCGAGAAGCGAAUGAAGGAAAUUAUUUCAUACUUGCAGGAAAACGUCGAUGAGGUUAUUCUGUUCAUUGACGAGAUACACACCCUCAUUGGUGCAGGCAAGGCGGCGGGCAGCAUGGACGCCAGCCAAAUUCUGAAGGUCCCACUUGCUAGGGGAGAGAUUGUUCUGGUUGGUGCAACGACGCUGGGGGAGUACAAGUUGCACAUUGAGAAAGACGCCGCCUUUUGCCGGAGAUUCCAAAAGAUCGUUGUGGAGGCCCCCUCUAAAGAACGGACACUGAGCAUUCUUAGGAGGGUGAAGUCGAGGUACGAGCAGCACCACAACAUGACUAUUGGCGACGCAGUGGUCUCUGCGAUCGUAAACAUGUCGGAUCAGUAUGUAAAGAGGCGUUCCAUGCCUGACAAGGCCUUAGACCUGAUGGAUGAGGCCUGCUCCAUGCGCCGUGUCAUGCAAAGAAAUCGAGUGGCUGAGCUGACAAAGAUGAUCGAGGAGACGCAUAGCAACAAGCGCAGUAUUCCCGCUGACGAACUACAGGGCUAUGAGGAAGAACUUGAUCGCCUCACCCGGAAGACAGAAGAGCGCCCUGAUCCGGAACACAUUGAUCUGACUGUGGACGACGUGGCAAGGGUUAUCAGCAUGUGGACUGGCAUCCCCAUUGGGAAAAUGACUGAAGAUGAAAUGUCUAGGGUCCUGAAAUUGGCGAGCAUACUCAGCAAGAGAGUCAUCGGCCAGGAGGAAGCCGUCUCGGCUGUCGCCGACGCAAUCCGUAAUCACCGCGCUGGACUCACAGAAGAUAAAAAGCCAAUUGGGGCGUUUCUAUUCCUUGGAUCAUCCGGUGUGGGUAAGACAGAAUUAGCCAAAGCCCUGGCAGAGGAGAUGUUUCACUCUGAAAAGAAUUUAAUUCGUUUGGAUAUGGUGGAGUAUCAAGAAGCCCACAGCAUUUCCCGCCUUAUUGGACCUCCGCCUGGAUAUAUGGGUAACGAUGAGGGUGGCCAGCUUACGGAGGCAGUCAGGCAGAAGCCCCACAGCGUCAUCGUCUUCGAUGAAGCAGAAAAUGCACACAAAAAUCUCUGGUCGCUCCUCCUGCCCAUGCUGGAUGAGGGCCACUUAACUGACACGAAAAACGUAAGGGUGGACUUCACGAAUACCAUCAUCAUCUUGACCUCUAACAUUGGACAACAGUUCAUCCUUGAUGCAUACAGGGAGGCGCGGGCCAUGGAGGAAGGGGCAGCAACUCCUCUGGCUCAGUUUAACAAGGGCACAAAUAGUCUCGAAAAGUUCGCUGUAGCCAAGGCCGGAGCAACCGCCGUUGGCGAGCUCAGCGCAAAAGAGAAGAAGAACACUUCGGCAGAAGCAGUAGAGAAAAAGAAAGGCGAGCAGUGGAACACAGGGGGUUCACCACGGGAAGUCCUCAACAAGAUGAGGCAGAAGGUCAUGCAGGAAGUGGUUGGAUACUUCAAGCCCCAAGUCAUUGGCCGCAUGACAAAAGUCGUCAUCUUUGAGCCACUGACCAACAGCGCAAUGCGUGAAGUCUUGAACUUGAUGUUUUCUUACAUGAUCAAGGAAUUGAACAAGAAGGGCAUCUCUUUUGAAGUCUUAGAUUCAGCAAAGGCCUUUAUUUUGGAACGUGCAUGGUCUCACAAAUUUGGUGGACGGCGGAUGGCUAAGUAUAUCGAGAAGUAUAUUACUGCCAAGAUUGCUCCACUUAUUCUCUCUUCACAACUCAAGAAGGGAGACAAAGCGCAGCUCAAACGUUCACCAAAGCAGCCCAACCAGCUUAACCUUAUUAUUUGCGAAGAAGGCGAACACGGGAUUUGCAAGCCCAGCACAAAGCGCGGACGGGCACUUGUGAUGCAAGUUGCUAAGGCUUCAACUGCCGAUGGCGAAGAAGAAGACCCAAUGAUUUAG